UAGUCUGUGGGUGUUGGUGAUGAACUAGGCUAGGUCUGGGCCAGGAACCUGGCUGGCUGGAAAUACAGAUAUACCCGAGGUAUCCUCCCUAUGUCCUAUCUACUAUGUACCUACCUCUUCCUGGGUUGGUACGUACUGGGCAGGUGCCAUGGCCUUUGGUUCAUCUGACGUUUCAGUGACGUUCACUGACUCGUUCACGAGCUGGAAACCCACAAGACGAACGUUCAAGUGACGUUAUGUCAAGUCAAAUAACUCCCAUUAGCUCGCUCUCUUCUAAUACUUACUCCAGCCAUUUCUUUUCCCCUUGAUUGUAUCAGCCAAGGUUCUCGAAGCUCUCUCUGGCUCAUGUCCUUCACCCGCGCUCGUACCCAACUUAUACCCUCGACGAGACUUCUCACAUCAACAAUCCUCAUCCGAUCCUCUUUUCACAGAAUACCUUUACCUUCCUUCUCAACAACCUCCAAAAUGGGUGCCCUCACCGAAAUCCUCGAAUUCCCCUUCCGCCGCGCCUCCGGCCUCGACCCGCCUCCCGAAUUCGCCCGCCUCCGCAAGAUCGACCCGGUGACCCAGGUCCGACUCUUCGACGGCAGCCUCGCCUGGUUGGUGACCAAGUACUACGACGUCUGCCAGGUGGCCACGGACGAGCGGCUGUCCAAGGAGCGGACGAGGCCCGGCUUCCCGGAGCUCGCCGCGGGCGGGAAAGAGGCGGCCAAAAACCGGGCCACGUUUGUAGACAUGGAUCCGCCCAAGCACAUGCAGUAUCGCGGCAUGGUCCAACCGAUUUUCGACAUUGAACAUGUCAAGGAGCUGGAGCCGUACAUCCAGAAGACGGUGGAGGACUUGUUGGAGAGGAUGAAGAGUAAGGGAUGUGAGGGCGGCCCGGUGGAUUUGGUGCAGAACUUUGCGCUGCCGGUGCCUUCCUAUAUCAUCUAUACCAUCCUCGGCGUCCCCUUUGAGGACCUCGAGUUUCUGACUCAGCAGAACUCGAUCCGUACGAACGGAAGUUCGACAGCGCGAGAGGCAUCUGCUGCUAAUCAGGAGCUCCUCAACUACCUCCGUCGCCUAGCCGAAGAGCGUCUGGAGGAGCCCAAGGAUGACCUGAUCAGCAAGCUCAUGACCGAGCAAGUUAAGACCGGCAAGCUCGACAUGACCGAUGCCGUUCAGAUGGCCUUCCUCCAUCUAGUGGCCGGCAAUGCCACCAUGGUGAACAUGAUCGCCUUGGGCAUCGUAACCCUCUUCCAAAACCCCUCCCAACUCGAAGAACUCAAGCGCGACCCUUCCCUCGUCCCCGCCUUCGUCGAAGAGCUCAGCCGAUUCCACACCUCCUCGGCCAUGGCCAUCCGCCGCGUCGCCAAGGAGGACCUCGAGAUCGGCGGCAAGACCAUCAAGGAGGGCGAGGGCGUCAUCGGCUCCAACCUGUCGGCUAACCGCGAUGAGGAGGUGUUCAAGGACGCCGACAAGUUCGACAUGCAUCGCGAGUGGCCUGAGAGGGAGUUGGGCUUUGGGUGGGGAGACCAUAGGUGUAUUGCGGAGUUUUUGGCGAAGGCCGAGAUGAAGGCUGUUUUUGGAACUAUUUUCAAGAAGUUGCCGAAUCUGAAGAUUGCGGUGCCUUUUGACAAGAUUGAGUACACGCCGCUUGAUCGCGAUGUUGGAAUUGUCAAGCUGCCUGUUACUUGGUAAGUUGGAGAGCCGGAGUCGAUCAAUACAAAGUGGGUUGUAUGUAAUGUAAUCGCGGAGUGUCUGUAUAUGAGGUAGAACUUGAA